GACGUUAUGUAACACAACAAACACAGAGGUUGUUGUGAAAACUAAAGAACUGGGAUAAUGAUCAGCAAAAGUACAUCCUACACACCAAAGUACAUCACAGGUGAGGUCCUCUGUGGGUAGACUCAUAUAUGAAGAGACACACCUCAGCUGUUGCCUUUGACAUGGAUUACUGACGAUAUCUAGCCGCACCUGAUGUCACGGUAGGCUCCCACUGUGGUUUCCAGCAGUGCCUUUUCACUGACAAAUUGUCUUUGUCCUGUCAAGCUACCCCCAUGUUGAGGGAUUUUUAACACAAGGCGACUUUUAGACUCGCUCUUCAUGUUUGCAUAAAAAAUGUAAAUAGUUUGUCAUGCAAUGUUGCAAGGAAUCAUGGUGGCUAAAUCUUUACUCUGGAAGAUUUUUAAAAAUUCCAGACAUGUAAAAGAUGUCAGCAAAGCCUCUGUAAAGUAUUAAACAAUUUGAAAAACUGGAUUAUUUAUAAAAAGAGUCUCUACAUUUAGAUCUUAUUUUAGAACAUCUGAAUCCCACUUUUUAAUCCCAGUCUUUUACUUUCUUGCUGUUAUGUGACUGUGACCUCAGAUAGCAUGCAUGGCUCAAGUGUAAAACAAAGCAACAACUGAUUAAAAAUUAGAGUAAAAGCACAAAAUAUAAAUUUGAAAAAAAAAAGCAAAAUGAAAUACUGUAAAUGCAACACAAAAAAAUUAUGUUUUGGCAUGGAGUGUGUAUGCACUCUGAAGCAAAACUAAUGUAAACGCACACGAGGAACAUCAUAAAUUGUCAGAGCAGAGACACUUGUGUACUCAACCCUCAGGCAGUGCUUGCACCCUUUGUGAGAAAUCCAAGCAAGGGUGUGUUUAGUUCCACAGAAAGCUGGUAACUGGUUUUCUUUGUGUACUUUUCCACGACAGCAGUGAGUUUUUCUCUGCCUGAUCCUCUCCGGUCUUCCCCUUCAGACUGCGGGAGAGGGAAUCCUUUGUUAUUUUACACCAUGAGUUACGUGAAUCAUUUAACUUAAGCCAACAUUCAGACUUUGAUAUUGCUCUUCAAAUUAAUUAAUCAAUUUAACUUGAUUACUGCUUUACAACCCAUUUUCACUCCCAUGAAAACCCAAAUCAAGAUUAUCCAACACCCUUUAGUGGAAAACGAGGCAUUUAAUAAAAGCUCUAAAUGGGAGAAGAACAGAUCAAGAACUGUGUGCCCAAUAGUCAUUCUUACAUAGUUGUCAAGGUUCCCUUCACCACCACCCCACCACCAUUUUCGUUGUACCACGUAAAAUGACAACAAAGGCUAUUCUAUUCUAUCCUUCAGUUUUGGUUUUCUUUGAUUCUUUAGGGAGUGUCCCUCUCUUUACUAAACAGUUCUCUGAGGCCUAAAAGCCACUGUCUGGACCAGUCUUUUAAAAAAAUAGACUAGGAAUUGUACGCAUUAAAGUGCCGUUAUUACGUGUAAAAAGUGUUAAUAAUAUUCGUAUAAAUGUAGGUUAAAGGAGUUUAGUGUUUAGUUUUCCGCACUCGUGUUUUGUUCAACAUUCCUGGUUGCCAUAGCAACACUCCACCCCUUCGCGUCAGUGACGUCCUCAUUUUGCAUAGCAACAGCGAUCGUUUGUUUUGUGAAGACGGAUCACUCAGCAACGUAGAAUAAAAUCUUCAGCGUCGCCUAGUGAGAGAGAGGCUCACUACAACAAACAUGAACCGGAAUUUCUGGUUCCUGGAAACCGUGUCAGAGUGAGAACUCUAUGUGUGUCGUGGCUCUCAGACAACGAUCGCUCUAUGGUGUCUGCACAGCAGCGGAAUGAAACGGGACACCAAACUACCCGUUUACCUUGUGGAUUGUUUGAGUAGCCUACUUUGUUUGGUCGGCAAGAAAAGCAGUUUCCAAAUCAGUAAAGCUGACCUAGACUGUUUGUUCCCAACAACGGUUUUUUCUUAGCUCUUUAGUUGUAAGUAUAGAUGUAAUGUAAGAUGUAUAAAGCGAUGUGUUAGCAGCUAGCAUACAGGCCACUUUGUGACUAUGACGAUGUAAUUAGUUGGUUACCAUAAUAGCUCUAAUAAUAAUCGAAAAUAAAAAGCCAUACUAAACCAGACAGGCCUAAAUUGCGAGGGUUAAUUAAUGAAUGAAAGAGAUAAUCUUCACAAAGGCUUACAUUUUGGAAAAAAAAGUAUUUUGCAAUAUUUUAGGUGAUUUACACCCGCGCUUUAAAUUGUCCUACUUUAUUUUAUAACAAACCUUAUUUUUUUAAAACCUUCUUUUUUAUGUGUGGGACUUGUAAUUUUAGCACGUUCCAUCACAUGGCCUAGCAGCAGUGGUAUUAUUCACAGGAGCACAGUUAACCUUUCUAUUUACCUAAUCUGCAUGAACUUUGAAAGCUGAUGUCACUGAGUCUAAAAAUAGGCUUAAACGUAAAAACGCAGAUCGGCCAUUCACGCUCAAGUUGCUUUCAUGAAAACAGGUCUUUGAGCUGCAACGAGGGGUGUCUGCAGUUAUGUCCGACCUUUGAACCCUUCUGGUCUCGAGCCGCCUGCGACUGAAUAGGCUCAAGCAGUCCGCCUAAUGAUGUGCCGGUAAAUAAACCCAGAGGGGGCUGUGACUGCCCGGAAUCAGACAGGAGCGCAGCCCCUCUGAGCGGGGAGAGGGGCCCCCCUCUCUUCACCGUCCAUCAUUUUCACUUCGGUGUGAGGUCAUCAAAAACCUAAUUAUAGCCUAUACAAUCCCUUUUCUUAUAGGAGCUGAAUUAAGCAUAUGCGGGAAAAAGACUUACAUAAUUGGUGCCUAUAAAUUGCAUCAACACUGCUGAUUAGUAUGUGUGAAAGUGGAGGAACAAAAGCAGUGUCUCAUCCGUCAUCAUCAGGAGGAAAUCAGCCAUCAGAUCAAUAAAUUAGUAGCUAAUGGCCUACUUUUAAAAACGCAGAGGCUUUAUAUUUUUAAGUGUCUGCAGUAACUCAUUAGUGUGAUGUUACGAUUUGUAAUGCAUUUAGUCCUCAGAGUCUGCAUGAAAUAAGCUGUGUGCAUCCCACUGUUGUACUAAAAAAGGUUGGUCAAGUGUUGGGGUUUGCCGUCCUCCUCGUGUCCUAAAAGUAGCUCCUCUGAUCACCCGAGGCGCAGCUAAUGACGCUGUUAUCAGGUACAAUGCAUCACGGCCGAGCCAUUUAGCGCAUGUUUCACUGUCUUUUGUGACUGUGAGUGAGUGGGCCACACACACGCACACACACACACACACACACAAGUCCGUCUGCGCGCUCUCUGUGCGCCACAGCGCGCCCCUGUUCGCCGGAAACACCAUAUAUGGCUCGACCGGUCCACUCCGCGAUUGGCUGCUUUACUACAGCGACGGUUCUGUUGCUGGAGCUCUAUUCAUACGCAGAGACAGGUGAAAGGCAAAGUGAUAUAUGGAUGACACCUCAUUUAGCAGCUCAUAAAUAAUCAGUCGGCGCGCCGGGAGGUGUGUGCAUUAAUUAAGCUUCGUUGAGGCUCACAAUAUUGGUCCAAAUUAUAAAUUGGGGCACCUUGGAUAAUACUGCAUUGCAUGCUUUAUAGGACGAGUCAUUGUAAUCUGAACGAGUUUGAGGGAACAUUUAACCGCUGCUUUAAACUGUUUCUUGAUAUUUUGUAUUGCCAUCACCUCCCUUCUCCUGUAAGAUGUUGCCAAGCAUUCGCCAGUAGAAUUAAGGUACAUCCCGUGAACAUCUGUGGACAUUAAGGGAACAUAAUGUAUAUGAUGCAGAUGCUGCAUACGUGAAAUGACGUAGUUCAUUCAUGGCAAAGGGUUCCUCUUGCAGGCGGGGGUGUCACUUGACAUAUACUCGCUUUUUAAAAAAAACAAUAUUAUGAGUAAAUAAUAUUAGUUAAAAUGAGAAGGUUGUUGAUUUUGCUGUUCAGACAUUUGCCGGAUUUAAUGGUGAAACUGCAUAACAUCUGCUCGGUUUUUUUCCCUCUCAUUCCUCUCCCUCUGUCAAAUGGUUCGGUCUCACCACACAGAUUUCAUUCAUAAAAUUCCAGCUCACUAUAAAAGGCGGGCCUCUCCACUAUCUGCACAGUUACCACAUAUGAUCCUGGCAAAUGGAAUAUAGAAAGGCGUUCAGGCGUCAGGUUUCUAUUUAGAUUAGACAGGCUAUUCUACGUUUUAAUGCAGUAAUUUUAGACAAGAACAUGCAUCCAGACUCCGGCACUGAGUUCGACUCAUCGUCCAGCUGUAGCACAGCAUCGCCUGGCGGGGACACCCCUGGGUGCAGCCAGCAUCCUCCUGACUCGCUUUCAUCAUCAGUGGACAGCGCCAAGGAUACUGAGACCAGAGCAGCAGACUCCUUUGUUCCGACUGUGACUGCAAUCUCAACCUCGCCGGAUCUAAGGUGGAUGGUGCAGCCGACAGUAAUCACAUCUGUCUCUCCGUCGUCCGGCCGAGCAAAGACCAAAACUCACAGCGCGACCCAGUCGUCCUUCCCGGCAGCUGCAAACAAAGCAAAGCCCUCCAACAGGAAAGGGCUGAAAGACAAGCCUUCCAAAGAGGAAGAGGAAAGGAGGAGGAUCAGGAGGGAGAGGAACAAAAUUGCUGCAGCAAAGUGUCGCAACAGACGGAGGGAGCUGAUAGACACUCUGCAAGCUGAAACUGACAAGCUCGAAGACGAGAAGUCAGCCCUUCAGACAGAGAUAGAUGACCUGCUGAAGGAGAAGGCGAGACUAGAACAGGUCUUAGCCUCUCACAAACCGUCCUGCAAACUCCCUGCAAAUGAUGACGACUGCGAUGAGAGGGAGGAUACUGGAGAUGAUGUUAACACAAUGCUGCAGGAUCCUCCGGCCUCCCCGCAGCUGCUGUCCAUCUUAGAGGAUGGAAAAACCCCAGAGAGCAGCACGCCCAUUGGAGAAACCCCUAUUGGUCAAGACAUGGACAAUGUCCCCUGCAUUCCUGCUGCAGCCAUAUUGGGGAACUCCAACAUCCUACUGUGUUCGAGUGCAGAAGAGGAGGUUCUGGAGGACUUAAAAGGAGAUGACCUGGAUGACUUGGUGCCCAGCCUAGAGAUGGCAGUGACUUCUGAGAUGGCUGCAUCCGUCCCUGACAUAGACCUGAGCAGCCCCUUCUGCCUCUCAGACUGGGAAACUCUGUACAAGUCCGUAGCAAAUGACCUUGAAUCUUUGAGCACACCAGUCAUGUCUUCCAGUCCCACUUGUAGCAAUUACCGCACAGUGUUUUCCUUUAAUUUCGCUGAGAUUGAUUCGUUGGCUGAGGGUUUUGAGAACCUCAAAGGCGGUCUCAGUGCACCUGAGUUAAUGAAAGAUAGUCUAAACUCUCCAACUCUUCUGGCCUUGUGAAUGCAAAGACGUUAUGCAAUGUGAUGAUACUGUAAUUGUGUUCUGAUCAGCCAGCAAAGCUAUGGAUCUCUCUCUCUCUUAAAUAAUCUUUUGUAGUGUGAGUUUUGAUGUCGUGUAAACCUAAACAUUGAGGGUUGUGUAGAUGACAUGUUUUCUGUGAUUGUAACAGGGUUGACUUCUUCCAUACUGCUGGUGCAAUUCUCUGUGAGGAGAUUUUGCUCUGGUAGCUAAAAUGCAUGCAAAUACAAGUCAUCUGUAAUCCAAGAAGAGGUGGUAUCUUGUGCAUCUGAAAUCCCUAAAUGUGAUGUGAAUUUAGGUCAUGCUCAAUAACCUAAUAUGUGUGUUUUACUGUUGAUAAAGUUGUGUUGUAACAAGUGAAAUUAACAGGGUUACUAAUGUGUAGUGUAGGUGUAACAUCUUGCUGUAAGGUGUCCCCUAACUUGACUUUUCCUUUCAAGUGUUUCCAUAAAAAAAGAUCACGUCAUGUAUUUUAUCAAGAUGUAUUUUAUGACAUAGUUUAUUUUUUUACUUAUCGAAAAUGACCAGAUGCAAAAAAAAAAAUGUAUAAUGCUGGAAAUAAAAUGAGACAACCACAAA